AAUGCACCAAAUCAGCAUAUGUUCAAUGUUCACUAUGUUCUCUCUGUUUCUCAGGUGGAGGUCAAAGGUGUGAACACAGUGUUGCUGCAGAAUCUGUCUUCCCUCUCCAGGUAUCUGGUGUCAGUUCAGUCUCUCUACGAAAAGGGCCUGUCCACUCCUAUCACAGCCAAUGUCACUACCUUAAGAGUCCCAGCUCCCUCGGAUCUGAGAGUCACUAACUUCUCCGGCAGUGACAUAACAGUGCGAUGGGAAGCGGCGGCGGAUGAUGUGGUCUCUUAUCUCAUCAAAUGGAUCUCCCUCAGUGAAGGAGACCUCAGGCAGUUGACAUUAGAUGGGGAGAGUGAGGGGGCAAUCUUGGAAGAGGUUAAGGAAGAUAAGGAAUAUCAGAUUUCACUUUCCGCAUUAUAUGCCGAUGGCGCUCAGAGUGAGGCUGUGGCUAUACGAUACAGCACCUUAUCUGGAGGUGGUCCGAGCAGUUUGUCCAUCUCAGAGGAGACAGCAGUCAGUAUGCUGGUCACCUGGGUUCACCCCAACGCUCAUGUGCUGCAGUACCGUGUGUUGUACACUCCACUGAAUGGGGAUGCAAGGGAAAACACAGUGUCAUUGCCCGGCAGCGAGAGGCGCGUCCUGCUGCAGAAUCUGCUGCCUGACACUCGUUACAGUGUGCUGGUGACUGCUGAGUACCGCAACAGAGAGGGUGGCAGCGCCUCAGCCCAGGGGAAGACCACCAGUCUGCGAGUGAGCAGCGUGAGUGUGGUGCGAUCUGACCACUCCAGUAUAUGUGUGUCCUGGAGGCCCGUGCCAGCGGUCAGUGGUUAUCGCAUAGUCAUCCAGGCCCUCAGAGAUAAACAGACUAAAGAGGACAUAGUAGAUGCUGCUAGCAGCAGUCACUGUUUCUCUGAGCUGCAGCCGGAAACUGUCUACCGCAUCAGUGUGCACUCCCGUGUGGGAACAGUAGAGGGCGCUGCGGUCACUAUCCUUCACCCUACAGCAACCGCUCCAGUGAGAAUUCAGGUUCCUCCUCGGCUGCAUCCCGUACAAAGAGAAGUGUGUCCUGAGACGACGGUCAGAAACCAUGUGGUUAAAGGCUUCGACAUGAUGGAAGCGUUCGGUCUAACUCAGAGGGCACACUCUACUAUUGAGGGUGUGGCAGCUGAACCUUUCAUCUUCAGCACCUUACCCAGUUACACCCUCUACAGAGACGUACAGCUGACCCAGAGCACAGGCUUCAUUCAUCCGGCUGGCUUCUCUCCAGAACACACCAUCAGCAUGGCCUUCAGGCUCUUGCAGGAUUCACCCAGGGAGCCCUUCGCCCUCUGGCAGCUCACGGACAAUGACUUCCAGCCCAAGAUGGGGGUGGUUCUGGACACUGAGAAGAAGGUUCUGCUGUAUUUCAGUCUGGACUACAGAGGAGAGAUACAGGAACUGACCUUUGACCAGCCACAAGUCCGCUCAGUUUUCUAUGGAAGCUUUCAUAAGAUCCAUUUGUUGGUCAGUCAGGUGAGUGUAUCUCUGUCUGUAGAUUGCCAGCGGGUUGGCGAGAGGUCCGCACGCCCCUUGGGAACUUUGCCCACUGAUGGUUUUGAGAUGUUGGGCAAACUAGUGAGGACACGUGGACCUCACAGUGGAUCUGCGACUUUCCAGCUGCAGUCCUUUGAGAUUGUGUGCAACACUACUUGGGCAUCAGAAGACAACUGCUGUGAUCUGCCCUCACAGAGAGAUGAGGAGAGCUGUCCUGCCCCUGCUUAUGCGUGCACCUGCACCACCGACGUCCCUGGAGCACCUGGAGACACUGGGCCACCUGGGAGACCUGGCCCUCGUGGGGAGAAGGGAGACAAAGGAGAGGUGGGACAAAAGGGAGAGGUGGGUCCACCUGGUAAACCGGGCCCUGAGGGCGGCUUUGGCACUCUUGGACCCGCUGGUCCACGGGGAAUAGCUGUAAUGGGCAAAGUGGGCCCACCAGGAGCAAGAGGGGAAAAAGGAGACAUUGGAAGGCCUGGGAGCCAGGGUUUACCAGGGCCUCCUGGUCCAAAAGGUGAAGAGGGCAUGUCUGGUCCUAAGGGCACCAGAGGAGUGGAGGGUAACAUCGGUAGCCCAGGAAUCACAGGCCCAAGAGGCUUCCAGGGUAUGCCUGGUCACCCAGGGCCAGUGGGAGUGAGAGGGCCAUUAGGUCCCGUAGGGCCCACCGGUCUUUCCGGAAGUAAGGGUGAGAGAGGAGAGAAGGGUGAGCCACAGUCUCUUGCCAUGAUCUACCAACUUGUUACACAGGCCUGCGAAAAACUUGUGCACAAUGAAGUUCUGAAGUUGGAUGCUUUUCUAAAUGAGAUGAAUCGAAAGCCAGUGCCCAUCCAGGAACCAGUAGCACCACCAGGAGAGCCUGGGAUACCAGGGGGAAGGGGGCCACCUGGAUCCCGAGGCCCUCAGGGUCGACAAGGAAGCAGAGGGGAGUCUGGGAAACCAGGGUACCCUGGUGAGCAGGGACGCAGAGGGAUGCCUGGUGAGAAGGGCUCUCUUGGAGUAAAUGCGGUGGGACCACAAGGAAUAAAAGGUUUUGCAGCACAAGAAAGAAAUGAAUACAGCUUUGGGACAAUGUGA